AGAUUGAGGAGGGUGGUUUUAGUAUCUUAUCUGUGCAAUCCAGGAUGUUAUACUUUUUCACCCUAUCUUUGUCCUCUUUAUCUCUUUUCCCUUUCCCUUCCCUUUCCUGCUGUUCUGUUAUUGAAAAACAUUGUCCACGGGGGGGUUUCUCAUGGUGAAAUUCUUUGCCGAAAUCUGAUCCUUGAAUUGGAAGGUUGUUUUUCUCUGCAUCCGUAGAGAUUUUACCUCUCUGGGAACGUUAUAUAAUUUCCUCCUUUGGCCCUGCCUCCUACCAGAAGAGGAGUUAACUGUUUGCUCUCUAGUCCAUUUCGAGCCCAACUACAGACACACUUUGCGGAAAUUCCUGAAGAAGUUUCAGAGGAUGUAGUAGCUGGCAGAGAGCCUAGGUCUAGCGUGUAAGAAGUUCAUCCAGUAACACGCCCUACCUUGCUGUAUUAAAAAUGACACACCCUUCCAAGGAUUUAUAUGGACAGAGCAAAAAACCUCAGAAAGAGACAGCCAAGGGACAGAAGAAGAAAAGCACAGUCACAACUCCUGAGAGGAGUAACAGUGACAGAUGAUGGACCCAUCAUUAAUAAAACGUGCAACACUGAUGGAGAUUGAAGGGGUCUCUCUAAAUAAUGAUACAGUAGAGAACUGGGAUACUCUAUGGGCUUUCAAAGCCCGACCCGAUGACAUUCUCAUUUCCACAUAUCCCAAAGCAGGGACCACCUGGAUUCAGGAAAUUGUAGACAUGAUUCAGCACAGAGGCGACUCCCAAAAAUGCGCUCGAGCCCCUGUCUAUCAGCGGUUUCCCUUCAUAGACUUGUUUCUUCCAGCACCCUUGGUCAGUGGCAUAGAUGAGGCAGAGACAAUGCCUUCUCCGCGUACAAUCAAAACUCACCUCCAACUCAAGCUUUUGCCACCUUCCUUCUGGGAGCAGAAUUGCAAGAUUAUUUAUGUGGCCAGGAAUGCUAAGGACAAUGCUGUCUCCUACUUCCACUUUCACCGGAUGAACAAGGGGAUGCCCGAGCCAGGCACCUGGGAGGAGUUUCUGGACAAUUUCAUCACCGGAAAGGUUGCCUGGGGAUCUUGGCUUGACCACGUUUGUGGUUGGUGGGAAGCCAAAGACCGCCAUCCCAUUCUGUAUCUUUUUUAUGAAGACAUGAAAGAGGAUCCAUCGCGGGAAAUAAAGAAAGUAGCCAAGUUUCUUGGCAUCCAGCUGACAGAUUCACUUCUGAACCAAAUUGUACAGCACACAGCAUUCGAGAGCAUGAAAGGAAACCCAAUGGCAAAUUACAGGACCUUGCCUGAUUUCAUCAUGAACCAUACUGUAUCGCCUUUCAUGAGAAAAGGACUUGUAGGGAACUGGAAGGAGCAUUUCACUGUGGCUCAGAGCGAACGGCUCGAUGAUGCUUUUGCAGAGAAACUACGGAGCAGUGGCUUGACCUUCCGCACCCAGCUUUGAGAAUCUCAGCAGCCUCAUAUAAUACAGUUCAAAACUGAUAAUGAGGAUUAUCUGCUUUGAUAAUCUGGAUUACAUGGCAGUGUAGAAGGUUUAGGAAAAUGGAAAUCUCCAUAGCCUUUUGGAGAUUUUGUGAUCUUUGGAAAGGCAUGAACUUGUUAGAAGUCACAAAAUUUUGAAAAAUGGUGUCAUAACCUCUUGGUAAAAAGCAUGACUUGUUAAGAACCUUUUGGGAAAAUGGCAUUUAUGCAAGGCAACUAGGUUUCUCAGCUGUACUGAUGUACUUAGGUAUGUCUUUGAAUGGUUAGAUCAAAGAUAUGCCAAUGCACAAAACACACACACACACACAUAUAACAGAGUUACAGAAACGUUAUUUUCAGUUGCUCAAAAAACAUCUAUUUUUCUUUAAAAUAUAUUUUCAUUUAAAUCAUGCUCUCAAGAAAUAAAAAUAAGCAGACUUCUUUAAAAGUAACAUAGUUGACUUAUUCACAAUCUUCCUGUAUUCAGCAUACAGGUACUUCACUUAUCAGUCCAGUUACAGAUAGAAUUUGAAGUAGUUUCUCUGUGCAGAUAACACACAGGGCA